AAGUUCACGGGGAAAUGUGUCUAUUUCUUAUCUGAUAUUUAGCCAAUAAUUAAGUGAUCCGUGUAGCCACAAACGGGAAAUUCUGUAAAGGACGUGCAAUCUCACAUGAUGUACUACUGUAUGCUGCAUGAGAAAUUAAUCUGUCUUCAACACCUUGAAGGAAGUGUGCACGCGACACGCAGCUUGUCUGGUGAGGAGUUUCCACUGAGGGCGGUCCCACGCUCUUUUCAGGAAGUAAUGCUAUAGAGGAAAUUUUAUUUGCGUUGUAAAUACAAAAAAAGUUCCUCGUCUUGCGACCUUAUAUUCUGGUGUGGUAUGAAUUCAUUCUCACAGAUCCUCUGUCCUAAACAAGGCGACCUACACUAAACGCGGGUGCGCGUAUUGACGCGAGCGCAGAGAGAAUGGGCACCGUUACACUUGUGGAUCUUACGCAUGUAAAUUGUUCCGAAUACAGUAUUUGUCUGAAGAAGCGCAUUAGCAAGUUCUGUGCAAAUAUUGAGACUCAGCAGAAUAUCUUCAUCAUAGUCCAACAUGUGGAGAACGCAAUGGAGACGGACAGAAACUCCAUGCUGGAGGCGAUGUUUGUGGGUUUAAAAGAAGCUCCACAGCUUCUGUGCAAAAGCUCUCUUUGUGCAUCGCUGUACUCGUUUAAACAGACUAUAGACAGAGAUGAUAUUGCUGAUGUUAAGAUCGUGACUUCAACAGUCGGAAGAGAAAUAUUUCAGGUCUACAAGGAGCUCCUCUUCACCUCGGCGUAUAAUUUUCAAUACGUCAUCAUGUUUGACGAGCUGUCCUGUCCACAGAAUGAACCCACAGUCAAAACUGCUGAUGUUGAACGUGAGGUUAACGCGUUUUUACAGCACCUACCAGCGGUCAAAGGAGAUAUUACAAUUCUUAGAUCAUCUUUCAUUUCAGAUUGUUUCGCUCAUGGCUUCACAACUCGUACCGGUGGCAUUUCCUACAUCAGCACGCUGAGCUCACUAAACCUUUUCUGCAAUCCUCUGCGCAAAGACUCCAAAGCUGUUGUGUCUGAAAAUCGCCGCCGCCUUGGCCAACAGGCUGGAUUUCAACCUCAUCAGUUUAACCUCAUAAAGUGCAAUCAUGCAAGUGAUGUGUGGGUGAUGGGCAAACCAGCACCCGACAGUUACGAUGGAAUGGUGACCAACCGGGCAGGCGUUGUCAUAGCAGCACCAGGUGCUGACUGCAUCCCACUGCUGUUCACUGACCCUGUAGCAAAGGCCAUUGGAGUAGCACACGCAGGCUGGAAGGGUACCCUCAUGGGAAUUGCUAUGGCAACAGUGAAUGCAAUGGUGUCAGAGUUUGGCAGUAGACCUGCAAACAUUGUAUGUGUGAUCGGGCCUUCUGUGGGACCGUGCUGCUUUACUCUGGACCAAGAUUCAGCCAGAGAGUUUCAUGCCAUACAUCCAGAUUGUGUUAGACACAUGGAGUCACCUAGACCUUAUGUUGACAUCAGACUUGCAACCAGAAUUCUGCUGGAGAGAGGUGGGAUAAAACGCGAAAACAUUGACAGCAUCAAAAUCCAAAAUGAAACCGAUUCCACACUUUGCACUUCCUGCCGUCCUGAAUUUUUCUUCUCCCACGUAAGGGAUGGAGUCAACUUUGGGACACAGAUUGUAUAUGCAUGGAUCAAAGAGUCUCGUGAUACACAAGAAUCAAAUCAGUAAUGCAUUGGUUGAAAUGUGCAAUAAAUAAUCACAAACAACUGGAAAGCUUGAAAAGUCAAGAGGCAAAAAUGUGAGAUCCGUUUUGAAAGCCGCUCAUUGAAAUCUCAAUAAAAAAAAUUCAUUGAUAUCUGUCAGUAUGAAAACGAUUUGUGCUUUUAUUAAUUAUAAUAUAUUUGUAUAUGAGCCCAGAUGUUAAAAGGGUGUAAAGUACUGUAAGUCGAUUAUUACCAUGUAUGUGCGCUAGAGGGAGCUAGUAGAUCUAUAGAAAAACAUCAAAUGUUAUUAAACUAUAAAAGCUUGUUUUUUAUGUUGUCAUUAAACUGUAAAUUACACUAUAUUUGUGUGUAUGUGUGUCAUAAUAACAUAAACCCAAUUUUAUUUGUGAAUUCCAUGUAAAAUUAUUCACGAUCGUAUUUGCCUCAUAUUUAAUUUGGGUGAGACAGCAGAAGCAGACACCAGGGGGCGCGUCGCGUGUAUUACAUAAUGCUCGUGCUUGUUUGUUUAGUGAGAGAUACCGAUUGUGUUUGUUGGCUUGUUUUCAGGAGCCCUUCAACAGCAUCAUAAACAGACUCCAUUAACACUCAUGCAAUGUCACAAAAACAUUUCUUAUCGCUUGCUGUUGAAAAGGCUGCGACAUUGCCUGUCAAGUCAUUUAAAGAGGAUAAUAAUGUGAAAGUGUAAUGUCAUGUUAUGACCUAUACUGAAGAAAGACAACCUCUGUCAAGCUCUAUUGAUAAAACACAAUAAGCAGAAACAUGCACGUGUGCAAGUAUGAGAUUGUGAUAUAUUAUUUAUUUUGGGUUAAAAGUCUGAUCUACUGUAGCUACUGGUCUAGAAGAGAAGUAGGCUACUAGUAAACACAUGCAGUAGGCUACUGUGCAUAUUGGGCAUCUUGCAUAUAGGUUAUCAUAUCGGAUGACAAAUUCUGCAAUAGUAACAUUUUACCGUUAUACUGUAAAUUGCACAUCACUUCAGAUGGAAAUAUACAUUUGUGCUACAGCAACAAGUACCAUAAACAUAUGAUAUUCGACUAGAUCACUGUGUUUAUCUGAAAAAGUCUGAAUGUUACAAUUGCCUCCAACAUUUCUUAGGUUUAUUCACAUUUCUCAUUGUGGUAGCAUAGCUUUAUCUCUCUGGCCUUUGCUAAGUAUCAAUUGCUGCUGUGAUUUUAAUUUUCAGUGUUCCUGUAGCUUCGAUGGCAUAGCAUUGGGUUAGCAGUGCAAAGGUUGUGGGUUCGAUUAGGGAACAUUUAAAAUGCACCGCAAGGCACUUUGGAUAAAAGUGUCCGCCAAAUGCAUAAGGUGGGAUAUUUAUUUUUUUAUUUUGUGAAAUGUGCUUCACCCUCAUAUAUGACUAGACAUUUGAGAGGUCAUAUGACUUUUUAUUUUUGUGACGCCAGAGUUUCACUGGCAUUCAUGCAUUUUGGGGGACCUAGAAACAUCAAACCUUUGGUGUCCCACUUCAGGGCAAUUCACCCUAAAAUGUAAUACACAGAUCAAUACUUGACUCAUUCUGUGAUGUAUUUGUGUAAUUUGAUAGACUGUAUAAUUUAAUGUUCUCAGUCAUGUGAUUUCUUACAUUGCUUUGCUGGUUUGUAUGUUGUGUCUUUCUUUUCUCAGAUAAUAAAAUGUAUUAAUAUUUUA